AUGCAAAAAGAAGUACGUCGAUCGAUUGAGAACAGUAAAGAUGAACCGCACAUUAGUCAAAUCUAUGAAAAUGAAAGCUGUGAAAAAUCGAAAACUCAUGUGAAUGCUAAUUCGAGUGAAGGUAAAUUAGCUUAUAGAUUAACAGUUGAACAAGUAGCAAAUAACUUCGAUGUUGAUGUUGCAAAGGGACUAGAAGAUUCCCGGGCGAAGGCCAAUUUAGACAAGUAUGGCAGAAAUAACUUGGGUAAAGAAGAAAAAAUUUCACUUACGAAGAUUUUUGCCCAUCAGGUGUUCAAUGCUAUGAUUUUGGUGUUGAUUAUCUCGAUGGUGAUAGCACUUGCUAUUAAGGAUUGGAUUUCUGGUGGAGUUAUUGGCUUUGUUGUGUUCAUUAACAUUUUUGUCGGCUUUAUCCAGGAAUAUAAGGCUGAGAAAACUAUGGGAUCUUUGAGAUCGUUAAGCACUCCUUCAGCCAGAGUUCUUAGAGAUGGAGUAGAAAGUGAUAUUAAUGCAGAGGAAGUUGUUCCUGGGGAUGUUGUUUGCAUCAAAGUGGGAGAUACUAUCCCAGCUGAUUUGCGGUUGAUAGACUCGAUGAACCUUGAAACUGAUGAAGCUUUGCUUACAGGUGAAUCAUUACCAGUAGCAAAAUGUGCCGAGGAUGUUUAUACCGACCUGUCGAUUCCAGUACCAGUAGGAGACAGGUUGAAUAUGUGUUUCAGUUCAUCAGUCGUUUCAAAAGGUAGAGGUACAGGUAUCGCUGUAUCUACUGCAUUAAAUACAGAGAUCGGUAAAAUUGCGAAGUCAUUAAGAUCUGACGAAGAUGCUCUCAUUGUUAAGGUGGAUAAGUCAAAUUCUAAUUUCAAGGCUUAUAUAGUCGCUAUUGCAAAAUCUACUAAAAAUAUUAUCUGCAAUGUUUUGGGUACAAACGUUGGUACACCACUACAAAGAAGGUUGGCUUGGUUGGCAAUCAUUUUAUUUUGGGUUGCCGUCUUAUUUGCAAUUGUUGUAAUGGCAUCGCAAGAAAUGAAUGUUAACAGGAGUGUUGCAAUAUACGCUAUUUGUGUUGCGUUAUCUAUGAUUCCAUCGUCGUUAAUCGUUGUAUUAACAAUCACAAUGGCGAUUGGAGCUCAAGUUAUGGUGACUAAAAAUGUUAUUGUCAGAAAAUUAGAUUCUUUAGAGGCUUUAGGAGGUAUCAAUGAUAUUUGUUCAGAUAAGACAGGUACAUUGACCAUGGGUAAAAUGAUUGCUAGAAAAGUAUGGAUUCCAUCUACCGGGACUUACGCCGUUACUAAUUCCAAUGAACCCUUCAAUCCAACCGUCGGUGAUCUUUCCUUUGCUGAUUCGUCUCCUAAAUUCAUUAAAGAAACCGACGAAGAAACUGAUUUUGCAUCGAAGUUGCCUGAGCCAACUCCCAAAUUAUUUGAGAAAUGGCUAGAAACUGCUACAUUAGCUAAUAUUGCCACUGUAGAUCAGGUUAAAGGUGAAAAUGGUACCCCUGAAUGGGAGGCUAAUGGUGAUGCUACUGAGAUUGCUAUUAAUGUUUUCACUACGAGAUUGGGACUUUCAAGAAAACAAAUGGUAGAAGGUAAUUUAAAGCAUAUUGCCGAAUUUCCUUUUGACUCUUCAAUUAAGAGAAUGUCCGUGAUUUACCAGAAUAAUCAGAAUAGUUCGUUUAUUUAUACUAAAGGAGCUGUUGAAAGAGUUUUAGAUUGUUGUUCUUACUGGUAUGGCAUGGAUGGUAAAGAAGAUAUGCUGCCGUUAACGGAAGCCGAUAAAUCGAUUAUCGAACUGAACAUGAAUGCGCUAUCAUCUGAAGGACUUAGAGUUUUAGCAUUUGCCCAAAGGUCCAUCAACAUUGAGAAAGAAGAUAUAUCCAAACGUGAAAGUGUUGAAUCUAACCUUAUAUUUUUGGGUUUGAUUGGUAUUUACGAUCCACCAAGGCCAGAGAGUGCUCCAUCGGUGAAAUUAUGUCAUAAGGCUGGAAUCAACGUCCAUAUGUUGACUGGUGAUCAUCAUGGAACUGCAAGGGCUAUUGCUCAAGAAGUCGGUAUUUUACCGAGUAAUUUGUAUCAUUAUACUGAAGAAGUUGUUAAAUCCAUGGUUAUGACAGCAAAUGAUUUUGAUGCUUUGAGUAACGAUGAAAUUGACAAUUUACCGGUAUUGCCAUUGGUGAUUGCAAGAUGUGCUCCUCAAACCAAGGUUCGAAUGAUCGAGGCUUUACAUCGCCGUGGUAAAUUUGUUGCUAUGACAGGGGAUGGGGUCAAUGAUUCUCCUUCCUUGAAAAAGGCAGAUGUCGGUAUUGCGAUGGGUCUUAAUGGUUCUGAUGUGGCUAAGGAUGCCUCAGAUAUUGUUUUGACCGAUGACAAUUUUGCAUCAAUUUUAAACGCUAUUGAAGAAGGAAGAAGAAUGUCAUCGAAUAUUCAAAAAUUCGUUUUGCAGUUGUUAGCAGAAAAUGUUGCCCAAGCGUUAUACUUGAUGAUCGGCUUAGCGUUUAUGGACAAGGAUGGAUUUUCCGUUUUUCCGUUGGCUCCAGUUGAAGUGUUGUGGAUUAUUGUGGUAACAUCAUGUUUCCCUGCUAUGGGAUUAGGACAAGAGAAAGCAAAUGAUGAUAUCUUAGAGCAGCCCCCAAACGCAACAAUUUUCACUUGGGAAGUGAUUAUUGAUAUGAUUGCUUACGGUUUCUGGAUGGCAUGCUGCUGUCUAACUUGUUUUGUUCUCAUCGUCUUUGCUGUGGGUGAUGGUAAUCUUGGUUCCAAUUGCAACGACUCUGGGGGCGACUCGUGUAACUUAGUCUUCAGAGGUAGAUCUGGAGCAUUUGCAACGUUCACAUGGUGUGCGUUAUUAUUAGCCUGGGAAUGUAUUCAUAUGAGAUAUUCGUUUUUCAAUAUGCGUCCAGAGCUGGAAAUUUCUCGUGGAAAGCAAUUAGCUAUAGACUUAUGGGAUAAUCAGUUCUUAUUCUGGUCUAUUAUUGGCGGCUUUUUAUCAGUUUUCCCAGUCGUCUACAUUCCUGUAAUCAAUGACAUAGUCUUUUUACAUGAUCCUAUCGGUUAUGAAUGGGGACUCGCCGUUGGCUUUACACUUAUAUUCCUUCUUGGAGCCGAAUUAUGGAAGUGGUUCAAGAGAAUUUACUUCCGUAAAUCAACGAUCAAAAACCCAGAGUACGACUUAGAGAAGAAUGAUCCAUUUAUGAAAUAUUCUUCAUUCUCGAAAUCGAACACAAUGGAGGUUUCUUAA